AUGGUGCUGCUCGGCUUGAAGCCAGGACAAUGUGAAGUAAGUCUCCCGAAAUCGGUCGACGACGAUGGUUCAUCGGAUACCGACGACGAGCUGGACGAGGAGGAAGAUGCAACUUCAGACGGCAUAGUGCUGUUCGUCUCAUUUGUCAUCUAUAUUGUCAUCGGAUCCGUAGCCAUUGCCACUUAUGAGCCAAAUAUGGGUGUAUUUGAGGCUAUUUAUUUCAAUUUUGUUACAUUAACGACGAUAGGCCUUGGCGACUUGGUACCACAAAGCGAUACAUAUCUAAUAAUUACGUUGGUCUAUUGCACAGUCGGAUUGGCGUUGACAACGAUCGCCAUUGAGAUUGCAGCCGAUACAUUAAAGAAAUUGCACUACUUUGGACGGAAGAUGGAAAAUGUCGCAAAUGUACAAGUGUGGUUCGGCGGUAAAAAAAUUUCUAUGAAAGCGUUGGUGAAAAAUCUCGGAGAUCAGUUUAAUGUACCGAUUGACGAGAUAGACACGCUGAACUUGGAGCAAUUCGUCGAUAACGCCAUCAAAGUCCAGGAAGGAGAACUGGCGACUCUGCGGGUUGACAAAGGCUGGAUGAAAUCGAACUAUUGGCGUGCAAUCGAAUCCGGUACUAUGCACUAUGUCGACGAUGACGAUCUGGUCACACUACAAAGCAAUCGUAACUAUUAUUCUGAAUUCUAG